AUGGAUCCCCCAGCUUCCAUAGACCACAAAGAGCCUGCUCGAAAGACACUACCAAGAAAGCGAUCCUUUGGAAAAUAUCCCUCCUCCAAAGUUACCGACUCUCCUGCUUACGACGCGUCUGAAGAGGAUAAUGAUCCAACCGAUGUCGACGAUGCUGCCAGUUCUGUUAGCGUCUCUGCCCCCUCUUCCUCCGCUAGAGCAAGAACACUGGUCGCUGCUGGGCUUCUCAAGCCUUCCAGUAACUCGAAUGCACAUAGGAAACAUCAUCUUGCCUCCUCGUUCCUUUCCGAUUCAGACGGCGUAGAUUCGCCCACGUACGAUGGGGACAUAGAAAGCUCUACGACAGCAGGUCCAGAAAGUCCACACCCACACUCCUCUUUGAGACUUGGUCAUCAUCAUUCAAUGAGUUCGCACUCGACUUUGAAUACACCAGCUCUUCCAGGAAGCGAUACGACCACUGACUACAUUGAGACACCUAUCACAGAAGGGCCAAGCUCGGCAUUUCCUUCUACUGGCCAGUACCAUCCAGUAUUCAUCACGCCACCAUCAGAUCCUUUUCCGCAUCCGCAAAAUACUAUCUCUGAACCAGUAGUUCCUUCCGCAAUCCCAACUGCAUUAUCAUUCAAUCCAGCUGCGUUGAGAGCAGAGGAUAUACAGAUGUUUGUUCAGAGGGCGAUUGAUGGUGCACCUAUGGAGGGUUCUGGCACUCAGAGAGCAUAUAAGGUCAACAGGCCACCAGAAGAUAGGCCCGUACGAAUUUAUGCUGACGGCGUCUACGACCUUUUUCACUUCGGACACGCGCUCCAAUUGCGUCAAGCGAAGCUUUCCUUUCCUUCCGUGUAUCUCCUCGUUGGGGUGUGCUCAGAUGAACUCGUGAUCGCACACAAAGCAAAAAGUAUCAUGACCCAUGCCGAAAGACUAGAAGCUCUUCGACACUGUCGUUGGGUCGACCAGGUUGUUCCUGACGCACCAUGGGUAGUUUCACCCGAAUUCCUUGAAACAUAUCAGAUUGAUUAUGUCGCUCACGACGAGGAUCCGUAUAAAGCUGAGGGACUAGGUCACGACGAUGUUUACGAAGAAGUGAAAAGGGCCGGAAAAUUUCUUCCUACAAGGCGCACACCCGGAAUCUCAACGUCUGCAUUAUUGGAGCGCAUCGUGGACAUGUACAAAGACGGCAUCAUGGAUCGCAAAUUGGAGGGAAUGGGAAGAGGCGACCUUAAAAGGGGUAAAUCGUGA